AUACCAAUUGCAUGUCCCAAAACACUCAUUGUGAACCUUUAAAGGUAUAAAACAUAAAAACAUGACCUAUAUUCUUUAUAUAUUUACUAGACAACAUUUCUGCCAUCCCAGAACCAUAACCCUCCAACCAUUAUACCUUUAAUCCACUACUUUAUUUUAAGGAUAAAGAUAUUGCUGCUGUCUCCAACCCACCCACUUUUGCACUCAAUCACACACAAUCUUUUUCAAUGAUGACAUUAAUACGUUUGGAGUAAUGGGCGACACCUUUGCAACAUUAUUUUAUAACCCUCGCUGUAUUGUCUGGCUCACUUGACUUUUAAAAUGUUCCCCCCACAGCCCUUCUAUAGAGAAUGCGAAAAAAAAACCACCAACCCAUUUAAAGCGAAUCUUUUCUCGGAGCCUAGACAAACAAACACAAGCCUCUACAUGUGUUACAAAGCUAGAAUUGAUUUCUGUGUGAGGGGCUGGGAGAGGGUUGUGUUGCGUAGCUAACUUCAUACCAGACAAUUUAGGCAAAUUAUUGAAGAUUGACGCAGUGGCGUAGCAGCUGUGUGACUUAGCUCAAUGUCGAUAUAACAUUUCUGUCCUGGCACCUCCACACAAGCCUCUUGUUUAAAAAUCACACGCACUAGCUGUUACAAGACAUCAGUAGCUGUUACAUGACAUCCGUAGCUGUUACAAGACAUCAGUAGCUGUUACAUGACAUCAGUAGCUGUUACAUGACAUCAGUAGCUGUUACAUGACAUCCGUAGCUGUUACAAGACAUCAGUAGCUGUUAACAUGGCAGUAAGUAGGCUUACUUCUUAAACCACGGCAGUACCCUGUAAGUCACGAUUUCUUUUGUUAGAGCCUUUUUUUUUUUAUUCACUCUCUUGGCUAAAUAAAACUACAUUAACCCCACCCCACACCAUUUUAUUUUAUUUUCCAAAAUCGAUGAUAGAACCCCCCAGACACCUUCCAUUGACAUGACAUCUAGCCUUCGUUUUGGUCUCAGACAUAAAUUAAACCUUUAAAACAAGUUCUAAAACUAAACAACAAAAACUAACUUUAUUUUCAUUCUACUGUCUUCCAAAGCGAAACAAAAAAAUUAUUUUUCUUUCUCCUUUUUUUAAUUUAUUAAGCAGCAGCCAAAACCAAAACGAUUUCACUUUCCGAUGAAUAAUUCAGAUUCAAGAGCUCGAACAUAAAAAAUUUCACGACAAACGAUAAAAAUCGAAGGGCAAACUUUGUCUUCCAAGCCGCCGGAACCAUCCUACAGCAUCCCUUCACCGGUUCCAAACCUGUCUGCGACACGGAAUGAUGGGGCUGAAGGGUGAGCUAAAUGUGUUUAUCUAUUGGUGAUCAAUUCUCACUUGUUUAGUGUUACAGAGUAUUUUUUUUCUUAUUUAUUUCAUACAGACCAAUUCGUGAGUGCAAGAAAAAAUAGCAGACAAUUGUGUAAUUUAUUUUCUUCAAUAUAUCUAUAUACCGGUAUUCAGAUUUUUUUCUUGUUUUUUCCAUUUGUUGCUAUGGGCUGGAUUUAAGGGACGGCUGGCGGGACUAACUUCACCGGUAUCUCCACAGGAAAAAGGCAGUACCUGCUGCUUGAUCUCGAUGUGACUUUCAUGAUUUUCAGAUGUAAGUGAAAACAUAAUUUUACCUAACUAACUCAUCCGGCAUGACCAGCCGAUUUUCCGCAGAAAGAGAUGGCUACACCGGGCCGGUCCGGGCUGACAUCGAUCUCCAGCGUAGCUCAUCUUUGCGUCGAACAAGGAGUAAAAAGAAAAGAAGACUGGACGAGAUGGAUGAGAAGAGAAGAAUUCGAGGAGACUCCCACUGGUCCAAACUACUGCAAGUAAACACUGAUACCAACGGCCUUAGGCACAAGAAAUGCAUCCGCAUGUGUCGCAGCUUCAGCAUGCGUGAACCCCCAAGCUGCCGACUUGGGCUCCAGGCAAACAAGACGGAGCCCCCCAAAGCCCCUGAAACGGGCAUCUUCGCCUCUAUCGCCUCACGGAUCAGACAGUGGCUGCAGUCCAAGCGGCGCUACGAGGUAUCUCCGGUCCACGAGAGCAAUGAAGCCGGAGGCCGUGUUGAGAGCGGCAGCGGCGGCAGCAAUGGACACAGGACGGAAACCAUCAAAGAAGAUUACCUCAUCAUCAGCAAGGUCAACAACUAUCACCCAGAACUGAAACGCUCAGAGGCAUCCUACUCGAGGAAAUUCAGUAUAGGUAUCUCGAAAUCCUCCUCCGCUAUAGCCACCUGCGCCACAAACGGAGCAUCGGUGACGCCUCUGAACGGUAAAUAUUUCUCCAAUGACAAGGGCACACAGCAUGCUUCGAUGAAGCCGGUUGUAGAUAUAAAUAUAGAAUUCGCCGAUCACUGCCCGCCAGUGGACUCUAGGUCACAUUUCGUAGCCAACCCCCUAAAACUAAAUCAAAACCACACACCAAAGACAGCUAUCAUGACGCCUUCUACCAGAGCUCUCUCUAGGAGUCAGCAGCUGCGGCAGUCCAGAAGUAAAUAUAUGAAACUUUUACAGAAAGCUGGCCAGCUCAGUCCGGGAAGGAGUCCCCUGACUGGCACCAUCAGUGCCCCGGCAAAACAUGGUCUGGGAGAGAAAGGGUCAUCGCCUAUAGUCAAAAGAAGACAGAUUAAAACCUGGCCCCUACCUUGUAGGAAACAGCUCCGACCAGAUGAUGACGAGUCUUGUGUCGGCGAUUCUGAAAUGGAGUUACCGUUCAUACAGGAAAUGAGCAUUAACUACGACAGGUUUGGCUUGCGUGGGAAAUCGUCCCUGAAGGACUUCUCCAUCAACUUUAAAGACUUAACCCUUGGAGAGUUACACAGGAAGGGACGUCGCUGUAAGCUGUACAAGGGGCGAUGGCAUGGUGACGUCGUUGUUCAUGUCUUUGGCAAACUACGUCAGAAGGACAAAGAUGCAUUCUGGGCCAACCUAGGGAAACUUUGUCGCAUACGUCACGAGAACAUCAUCUUAUUUAUGGCAGCCUGUACCAGCCAACCUAACCUAGCCGUGGUCACGUGCUCCCCGCAAGGCAAAUCUCUGUACGAACAUAUUCACAUACAGCACGAAAAGAUGACGUUGCACACCAAGAUUGGAGUGCUGCGGCAGAUCGCUCUCGGGAUGGGCUACCUUCAUGCCAAGGGCAUUGUCCUUCGGAAGCUCAACACCAAAAAUGUUUUUGUGGGCCACAAGGUGAAGGUCAGCGCAAUGGACUAUGGGUUUCCAGACAGUGCGCAUGACAGGCCGGACCAUGGCACCAUACCUAAAGGACAUCUGACCUACAUCGCCCCUGAAAUAAUGUGCACUAUUCGAGUGAUACCUCCGAGACUUGUCCCAUUCUCGGCCUACUCGCCGGAGACGGACGUCUUUGCCUUUGGAACUAUUAUGUACGAAGUGUUAACUGGCAAGUUUCCAUUCCAUGGAGCAUUACCAGAAAAAAUAAUUUGGCAGAUAUGUGCUGGACAUCGACAAAUUCUUUAUAAUCUUAAGUGUAGUGCGGCCAUUAAGACUUUGAUUGAGGACUGUUGGGCCCAUGAACCAUUAUAUAGGCCAGAGUUUCGGGAACUGUGUAAGGAUCUACAACGUCACUCACCUCUCCACAAAAAACACAGUUCAUCGGAACCCGAGAGACUGAAUAGAGCUUUCGAUCUUUUUGAAACUUGAAAAUCCUUACGAGUCUUGUUUUUUUUUUUUCUUUGUUUAUAUGGUUGAACUAAUCAGCUCACAUUUAUACAACUGUUUAUAUGGUUGAACUAAUCAGCUCACAUUUAGGCCUAUACAACUGUUUAUAUAUUUUAAACUAUUUUAAAUGCAGUGUUGGACAUACAUUUUAAUUUGAGUAAGGAUUCAGAAUAUAUCAGACCGUUUGUUGGUGGCACAAAUUUAAAAAACAACAACAUUGAGCUUUGUCUUCGGGCCACCAGUUGAUUCUCCGCUACGUUUCUGUUGGCAUCCUUUGGAAGGGUGUUCCAAGGAGUAAAUGUCAUUCAAUACUAGUCCACUGCUUAGAGUUAAACUAGUCUAAAAGUCCCUUGUGAAUAGAAAAGGUAAAAGAUAUGUUCAGUCACCUUUCGGAAAUGUUUAACUUAUUGAUUGUAAAGUUUGUGAGUUCUGGUAUAAGAGAGGCUGAUGUACGUGAUUAUGACAUCUUUGUAUAGACGUUUGUUUUAAAAUGAUAAAAAGGAUCUACCUACCAGUCCUUGAAAGUUCAUACCUCCAAAGUAUCAGACAUUCAGGUAAAAAGGAAAUCUAACGAAGUGAAGGAAUAGUAGAGUGUGAAAAAAAAAACACUACAAGAAGGCCUUAAACUUCAUUGACCAUCACACCAAGCAACAGAGUGCCCGCUACAACUCCAUAAUGCACUUUAAACAAAAACGCCUUCACUUUCCUCCCGUUGCCCAUAAUCUCUUGAGAACCUCUUUACAUUUUACACUACAUGUGCCAUUAAAACAUUAACAUGUUUGAGAGCAUAUUUAAGGAGCUUCGUGAAAUAGGCUGAUAGUGGAGAUUAUAGGAACUCGUACGAACUACUCGUGCGUUCCGCCUUGGUCUCACUGGUAAAGAGGAACCCAUAUGUGGUUCAAGGAGUCUGACUCACAAUAACGGAUGUGAAUAAAUGAUGAUCUAGAUUAUGCGGAACCUCCGGACAGUGGGAUCGGUGAAAAGUCACUCUCUUUUCUGGCCUCUGGGUAAAAUCUUUCCCGUUGGUCAAUGGACACUCAAUGGGGUAGUGGAGAUGCCUCCAUAUUCCUACAAUAUACCACCACUAACCGUGAGAGGGCCGCCACAGUAUUGGGUGAAAUGUAUGAAGAACGAUGUGGCCGAUUGGAACUGUUAGCGUGCAUUACUUAAUCUCUCGAACUUUCUGUGGAAGCCCACUGGAGGACAUGUUUCUUUUCAUUGUUAGCAUAUUUGUCUCCCCUAACGGACGUUAGCACGAGGGUGCUACGUAAAGACCCGAAAAAGAUAACUCUUGAUUGAAAAGGGUUGGUUUUUUUUAGAGACACAGUUUUAUAUUGUAUUUUAGAUGAAAACAUUUUUAAUGGGUACUGAAAAAAAAAAAACGUUUUAAAAGAUGAAAGUAAAAUAAAUUGGACCAGUUACGGGAGGGGGUAUCUGGGAGAAGGUUGUUUUUUUUUACACUUGCUCGAGUCAGAAUUGAUGGAAGCCGACGUGUAGACUUUGAGGUAUUCAAGUAUUUAUAAAAAUAGAAGGUUUUAUAGUCUCCUUAGUCGAGUACAUUUUCUUUAUAAAAAGAAAAAAAUAAACUACGACUAAUUGAUUGAUUGAUUGAUUGUUACAUUUUUAAAUUGAUUUAUGCGUGUCAUCGACAAUGAAUAAUUGCAUUAGGUUUCAACUUGAUUCGAGAAUGGGAAGUAGGAGACAUAACGUGUAGAUAUUCCCCCCAGACGGGCUGAGUUCUCAUGUCAGCUUUGUAAAAACAUAUAAUGAACUAGAGGUUCUCACGUUAGCCUGGACUGGUAGCAAAGUUGUAGUUGAAGUGGACUUCAUUGAAAUCUCAGAAAUGGUGAUAGUAUUGAAAACUGUGCUAAAUUUUUAUCCUUUGUGUUUGUGGCGGAUGUAGAGACAUGGUUCAAUGUGCUGUCAAAAUAUAGAAAUCUCUUUGUGUACCGGUAUGUUAAACUGUGUCACAGUUUGUGCAUAGGAAUUCAAACUGUGUUCCCCGAGUGUUUGUUCAACCACCGAGUUCAAUGGUGGUUAAUGAUUGUAUCAUCUAUAAUGAUUUUGGGCAAUAAAAAGUUUUUGAAAAUCAUUGUGCAGUAGCGAUUUCAUUGUCUUGUUAUAUUUACAUAGAAUUUAUUUUCCACUUCCUUGUAAAAAAAAAAAAAAGAAUAUAAACCAUACUUAAUAUACAGAUGCUUCGCUGAAACAAAACAUUGAACUGCGUUUUAAAUCCAAUAGGUUAAUCCCAAUAAUAUGCAAGGCUAUUCUUCAAACUUGAACAUUGAGAAGGAGUACCGUAUUUUUCAUGGCAACGCAGUCCUUGCUAUCAUCUACUUGUUUGGCCGAAUCCAGACAGAACUGCCCAGGUGCCUUCAAACACCGGUGCCGAAGUAUAAAAAUGUGUGCUUCCAACAUCUCAUUUACAGCAGUUUUCAAUACAAAUAAAUAAAGAAUCUGACAGCAAUGCGAAAAUUCAUGGUCCAAAAUUUAGAUAUUUGAAAUGAUUUGCAUCUACUUAUUAGAAACAUUCUUUCGACCCCAAAUUAACACUUUGCAAAAACUUCUGAUAGCAAUAAAAGCAAGAUAUAUGUGUUAAUGUAGUAGUAUUUUAUUGUUAACUGCCGAGUUCUCAAUCAAUUCAAAACUAGGACUUCGUAGACAGGAAAUAAUUAAAAUCAAACUUUACUGACUUGUAGUAUUUAUUUCUAGCAAAAAUCUCACGAUAUCUGUGACUAGUUUGCAAAGUCCUUGUACAAAAUGAUAAGAGAUGCAUCGGUGCAAUAAAAACAACAAAACUAAGAAAGUAGCCACACACUACAUUCCUGGAUAGCAAGAGAGAGAACUCUAAUUGAUGAAACAUAAUGUGGCAGUUUUAUAUUAGAAACUGAAUAUAAACACUGUUUUUUCGAGACUAUGAAAUUAAAAUAUAUCGUUGAGUUAGACACAAAAUUGCCAUGGAAAGUCAAAAUAUUUUGAAUCAAAAUAAGAGCUUCUAAAAUGUUUCAUUGGAAUUAAAAUUAUGUUCUUUUUUUUUUUUAAAGCAAGGUUGACAAAAUUAAAUAUCUAGUCUAGUAUUGAUAAUAAAAGUCAUUAAAUCAUCAUGUAUUUUGAAAGGAUUCGUUCAAAUUGACCAUAUUACUGUUUUGGAUCCUAUUAACAGAGUGGAUUUUAUAUAAAGAGAUGUGUGAUCCAUACAUUACUCUCAAAUUAUCUUUCAGUCAUAAUUAUUUGGAAUAAAGUAAAUCUAUUCAAUCCCAAUUUAAAAUAAACCUCAGUAGCUUUAGUUCAUGAUGAGAGCAAAUGUUUCACUACUUUCAAAAUCUUUUAAAGACUAUUGUGAGUCAGGUGUUUAGACCUAAUUGUGAACUUUCACUUGAAGCAUAAGUAAAAAUGAUAAAAAAUGUAGAUGACAUUAUUAUGCUGAUAUUAUGAUUUUGAUAUUAACACAAUAAUACUGAUAUUAUAAUUCUUGUUAAAUAUCUACAGCUGUUUGCCUACUCAUUUGUUGUUUUUUAUUUAUGUUUAAAUUAAAAUUUAAUGAAACAAUGGCAGAUUUUUUAAAAAUUGUUUGAAAUAUUGAUGGAAUAUUUCAUGAUUAUUAUUAUUUAGAAAAGUGUUUACCAAUAUUGAAAAAAAAAAAUCAAUAAAAUGACUAAAAAAAAACUAGAUCUAGUUCAUUGUUCAAAACAACACUUUGAGAAGACACUAGUCAAACUCUCAGUUAAGACAUCCAGUAUUUAUUUACCAAAGACCACAACCACCAAAAAUUACUUUUUUUCUUUGUCAUUUUCAGUAUACCAGGUAUUUAAUGAUUUUAUAGUGCUGAAUCAGUUCUACACAAGAUUCUUGACCUUAGAUAAAGAAUAUUGCAAUAAUCAAACAAUAGAAAUGAAGUCAAUGCACUAGUAAUGUCUCUAUGUUCCUUUUAAGCCUCAAACACUAAAAGUGAUUGUCAUACAAUAAAUACAAAGUAAAAUUAUUUACAGCAUAUCAAACAUUUGUAUAUCUUUCCAUUGUUCUUUUGGCAAAACUUCAUUUGGAUUUCCACAGUACUAUGAAGUACUACACUAACUUUUUCUUUAUAAAGAAACUUCGAAGAUGGAGAGACUGACCAACACCAAGCAGGAUCAACACAAGGCUCUGAAUGACAGCCCACAUAAACACUCUUUGAUUAACACUUUCACUUGUAUAGCGAAAUCUUUCCUCUCUCUCCUGGAAUAGGGAACAAAUUGAUCUAUAACAUUGUAGUAACCAGAUACAAAAAAUCCUGUCAUCAUUUCAAAUUGUAUCUUUUAAGGUUAUUUAAGUAGCAUUUAUUAACAGUUAGAAAGAAGGUUGAUAAAUUUCACUGAUGCUACACAAAUCCCAUUUUAAGCUGCAUUUGUUGAAUGAAAUAGCCUUAACAAAACAACUACUCUAUCAGUUCAACACUUUUAUUUUCCUUUAGCUGUAAAGAGACAUACUAAUCGUGUAAUAGAAUAUUAAUUUAUGCUAAAUAAAGUGAUUUUAAAUAAUUACCUGAAACUUUUAAAAAAUAAUGUACCAGUAUACAUAUAAUUUUUUUUUUUUUGCAAUGAUUUGAUUGCCAGUUCUGUACACUGUAAAAACUUAAAGCUUAUCAACUUUAUGAUGUCCUUGAUACAAAAAUCUACUCACCCAAUGACACUAUUUUAGAAAGAGAAAGUCUUAAAUUUAUUCAGAAUGCAUUUACUUUAACUCGCCUUACUAAGACUUCCACCCUUUAAUGCAUUGCAACAUGAGUGACUCCUUUGUUACUUAGUUCUAUGCAAGUACAACAAAAAACAUUUGAUCCAAACAAACAAAAAAAAGCAGACUAUUGAUAACAGGAUUGUUUUAUUCUAAACAAAGGGAAAAAAAUGAGAUUUUAGAGAAAAGACAUCAUUAAAUUAGACAACAAGACAAGACUGAUAUUUUGUUAGCUUAUCCUUGAUCAAACAUCCCACCACACUUUGACUUCAGUACAACUUCUUGAUGAAACCUUAACUUAAUGUAAAUUUGAUAAAAAAAACAACAACACAGAAUCCUCUCUCUGUACAUUUGAGUGUAAAUAAAACUCAUCUCUCACUUUACAGGAAGUCCUCUUCUAAAUUGUUCAACUAAUGUGUGCUCCCUGAAACUAGCUGUAGUCUUUUAGUUAUUAAGACAUGUUUAUAUGUAGAUGUCAUACAAAAUAUCAUUAAUACCGGUAACUUAAAAGGCACACAAUUUAUGUAACUCAUAAUAAAUAUGUUCCCCUAUUGACCAUUGCUUCCUUUAGUUACCCCCGCCUCCCAAU